AAACCUGUUGGUGCAGGUACGAGGAGCCUCGGCUGUAAUCUGAGUGUGUGUGUGUGUGUGUGUGUGUGUGAUGGUACAGAGACUCUUCUGAAGCACACGAGGUCUGUCCGGCAGACUCAGAGAUGCAUCAGGGACGUCUGCGUCUGAGGCCGUGGCUGGAGGAGCAGAUCGACUCCGGAGGAUACCCUGGGGUCGUGUGGCUGGACCAGGCUGCCAGAGUUUUCCAGAUUCCCUGGAAGCACGCAGCCCGGCACGGCUGGAACAUCGACAAGGACGCCACUCUGUUUCGAAACUGGGCCAUCCACACAGGGCGAUACAAACCCGGCGUAGACAAACCUGAUCCCAAGACAUGGAAAGCCAACUUCCGCUGUGCGCUCAACUCCCUGACAGACGUCAAAGAGCUUCAGGACAAGAGCAUCAAGAAAGGCCACAACGCUUUCAGAGUUUAUAUUCUCCUUCCACACAGCAAAACUGUCAAGAGACGCAAAGCUUUAAGGUGCUUGGAUAGUGACAGCAGAGCAGCUACACCUCCACAGACUCAAAGGAACAUCCCUCUGGAGAGAUUUACAGAGGCCUUCUGGAAGCUGACGGAUGAGCGAGGCAGCGGCGCGGCUGAAGCCAAGAGCGUCGAGGAGGACAGAGCGCUCCUCAGCUACUCGCAGGGCCUGCAGCUGAACAAGACGGACGAGCACGAGCAGACAGAAGCUGUGCUGAAGAUCGUGGACCACCUGAAGAACCUGGAGCACUGGAGCCCCUCGUACGAGAGCGACAGGGGCUGGAGGACAAACUCCACGUGGAUGGGAUGCCUGUGCGAGACGAUGGAGUACUCCUUCCACACGGACUGUAACGUUCACAAUACCUCAGCAGCUCUACACGACUAACCCCACUGAGAGCACGGGCAUGUUUCUACAUCUGUUUUUUUUUUUUUGCAGUGAAACUGAAGGAAAAGCAUCGUAAUUAACAAGCAUGUUAAUGGACAGUGAAACUCUGCCUGAGUGAUUUUGAGCUGUAGUAAAUUAUGCAAAAAGGGCAGCUUCUUGGUCACUAAUACCAGUGCCAUAAGUUACCCAAAGAAGAUAUUAGCUAUUAUUAUAUGUUUGCCGGAUCUUUCAAUAAAUCUUGAGUUUAUGCUUUGGA